AUGGAGGUCGAGGCAGCCCUGGCAGGACUCCAAGCAGAAGUCAACUGCCCCAUCUGUCUGGAUUAUCUGAGAGACCCUGUCACCAUCGAAUGUGGGCACAACUUCUGUCGUUCCUGCAUCCAGCAGUCCUGGGCUGAUGUACGGGACAGGUUCCCUUGCCCUGUGUGCCGUCACUCGUGCCAAGAGAGGCACUUGAGGAAGAACAGCCAGCUGGGAAGGAUGAUUGACAUCGCCAAGCUCCUGCAGAUCACCAGGAGCAAGAAGAAGAGGCAGGAAGAGAGGCGCUUGUGCGAGAAGCACAACCAGGUGCUGACCCUCUUCUGUGAGGAGGACCUAGAGGUGCUGUGUCCCCUGUGCUCUCAGCCCCCUGACCACCAGGGCCACCAGGUGAGGCCCAUGGAGGAGGCCGCCUAUCACCACAGGCAAAGGCUCAGCAGUUACGUCGAGCCCCUGAAGAAGCAGGUGGCAGACGUUGAGAAACUGGUAGCCAUGCAAGACAGAAAACUAUUAGAACUGAGAGAGAAGGUGCAAAACAAGAGAUGGAAAUUAGCAUCUGAACUUGAGCAUCUGAUGCGAUCUAUAGAACAUGAGGAAGAGGCAGUGGUCUUGAGGCUGGUUGAAGAAGAGAAGGACAUUCAAGAGAAACUCAGUGCAAAUAUAACCGCAUUUUCAGACCACAUUUCCACCCUCAAAGGUCUACUGAAGGAGGUGGCUGAGAGGAGUGUGAUGUCAGACGUGAAAUUGCUGAUAGAUAUCAAGAGUGUCCUCCACAGGUGUGAAAGCCUGAAACCCCCAGCUGUCUAUGGCAUCCAGUUAAGGAGAGAAGGAUGCAGCCUUCCUCCACAGUUCUCAGCUCUGCAGAAAAUUAUACAGAAAUUUAGAGAAGAAGUUACUCUGGAUCCUGAGACAGCACAUCCUAAUCUGCUUGUGUCUGAUGAUAAAAAGUCUGUGACAUUUAUGAGGACAAAGCAGAGGUUUCUUAGGAAUCCAAAGAGAUUUACGGUCGAUCCAGUUGUCCUGGGUUCUGAAGGGUUCGACUGUGGCCGACAUUACUGGGAGGUCCAGGUGGAUGACAAGCCCCAGUGGGCUGUGGGGGUUUGUAAAGAUUCCCUUUCCCGGAAAAGGAAGCAGCCCCUGUCAGGGCACAACAGAUGCUGGGUGAUUCAGCUGCAGAACGGUGACUAUGUGGCACAAGCGUGUGUUCCUGUCACUCUUGUGCUGAAGGAAAAGCCCAGAGGCGUUGGCAUUUACCUGGACUAUGAGUUGGGUCAGAUUUCAUUUUACAGUUUGAAUGACAGGUCUCACAUCCAUUCUUUCACGGAUACAUUUUCCGAAGUACUAAAGCCUUACUUCUGCAUCGGAAAUGAUCCUAAACCUCUUACAAUCUGUGCCAUAAGAGAUUAUGAAAAAUGA